GGUUAUAAUUUGUGUUAAAAUGUAAUGUGGAACAUGAGAUUAAAAUUGAGCUGUCCUUUUUGUAUUUAUCUUACAGAUACAAUUUGGAAGCCUGAUGGAUAAAACCAAUUACACUGCAGUGGAAGAGUUUAUUUUAUUGGCCUUUUCAGAUUUAUAUCAGCUCCAGAUUCCUUUAUUCUUUGUUACUCUGUUUGUCUACAUCAUGUGUGUGUUUGGCAACUUUGUCAUUCUUUUUCUAGUUGUAGCUGAACCUUCACUUCAUACCCCGAUGUACCUUUUUAUUAGUGAAUUAAGUAUAUUGGAAGUAAUGUAUGUGACUUGCAUUGUCCCUAAUCUUCUGGCUAACCUCAUUGCAGAUAAGAAGAGCAUAUCCUUCAGUGGAUGUUUCAUACAGUUGUUUGUCAAUUCUGCCUUGGGAACUGCAGUAAGUUACCUUUUUUCAGUCAUGGCUUAUGAUCGAGACCUGGCUAUUUACAAGCCCCUGCAUUAUUCUGUCAUUAUGACCCAGAAGGUCUGUGUUCAGCUUGUGGUUCUACCAUGGAUUGUUGGAAUUAUCACUGUAUUAAUCUCUACAGUCUUCACGGCUAACUUGGAAUUCUGUGGUCCUAAUAAGAUCAACCAUUUCUUUUGUGAUUAUUAUCCUCUGCAGUCCCUGGCUUGCUCCGAUACAUUUAUCACUCAAGUGGUCACAAACUCUGGUGCUGUCUUUGCAGUUGUACUCCCAUUCAUUGCAACUGUCGGACUCUAUACCCACAUCAUUUUCAUUAUUUUAAAGAUUAAAAGUGCUGAAUCUAAACAGAAAGCCUUUUCCACCAUCUCUUCCCAUCUCACUGUAGCAGGUUUGUGUUAUGUCACAGUUAUAAUUGUGUAUACUGUGCCAAAGGGAACCCAUUAUAGCAAGUUUCUUGCCCUUACUUAUACUGUCAUUGCCCCGCUUUUGAACCCCUUCAUUUAUGCCUUCAGAAACAAAGAUAUAAAGAAAACUCUAAUAAAAUUAAGAAGGCUAAAACUUUGCCAAGGAUCAUUCUAA